UCUUGCUGGCGCCUCCGCUCCUCACCGCUCUCAGCUGAGGAAGUCCGAGCUGCUGAGUCUCCGCGGCCGUGUGAGUGCCUGUUCCGAAACCUCCGUGGAUCCGCGGCAGUCCCGGGCACAGACAUGGGAAAGUCAGUCGGAAGCGGGAUUCCGAGCUUCUUCGCCGCAGGAAAGAGUUUCGAGGCUGGAUGGUGUGGAUCGGAGCUGAAGGUUUAGGAGACAGUUCUUGCGAGAGUCAGUGACCUUUGAGGAUGUGGCUGUGAACUUCACCCUGGAGGAGUGGACUUUGCUGAAUCCUUCACAGGAAAAUCUUUACAGAGCUGUGAUGAGAGAAACCAUCAGGAAUCUGCAUGAUAUAGGACAGAAAUUGGGAGAACAGAACACUGAAAAUGCAUACAAAAAUCCUGGGGGAAAUCUAAGGUAUCAAGUGGUUGAGAAGCUCUGUGAGUAUGAAGAAGAUAGUCAAUGGGAAGAAAUCUUCAGUGAGAUUCCAGAUCCUGUGGUGAGCCAGAAAACUGGAGAAAAGCCCUGUGAAAGCCAUGUGUGUGGAGAAGACAUCCCUGGUCAUUCAUCUCGAAAUGUGUCCUUCAGAGGUCAGACUAGAUGCAAAACACAUGAGCAUAAAGAGCAUGGAGAGAAGCCAUGUAAAGGUGAAGACUGUGGAGUGGCUUUUGGUUCUCCCCAAAGCUUUUUGAAGCAUGAACAAAUUUACACACAGGAGAAACCCUAUGUCUGUAAACAGUGUGAUAAAGCCUUUAAGUAUCUCAGUUCUCUUCAAAAUCAUAAAAGGACCCAUACUAGAGAAAGAAACUAUGUGUGUAAACAAUGUGGGAAAUCUUUUAAGAGACUGAGUAAUGUUCAAGUCCAUGAAAGAAGUCACACAGGAGAGAAACCCUAUGUGUGUAAGCAUUGUGGGAAAGCGUAUACUUCCUACAGUACCCUUCAAGCACAUGAGAGAAGUCACACAGGAGAGAAACCCUAUGUGUGUAAGCAUUGUGGGAAAGCAUAUACUUCCUACAGUACCCUUCAAGCACAUGAAAGAAAUCACACUGGAGAGAAACCCUAUGUGUGUGAGCAUUGUGGGAAAGCGUAUACUUCCUACAGUACCCUUCGAGCACAUGAGAGAAGUCACACUGGAGAGAAACCCUAUGUGUGUAAGCAUUGUGGGAAAGCAUUUACUCAAUCCAGCUACCUUCGAAUACAUAAAAGAACUCACACAGGAGAGAAACCCUACAUCUGUAAGCAAUGUGGGAAAGCCUUUGCUCGUUCUAGCCACCUGCAGAUACAUAAAAGAAGUCAUACAGGAGAAAAACCCUAUGUAUGUAAGCAGUGUGGGAAAGCCUUCGCUCAGUCCAGUUACCUUCACAUACACCAAAGAAGUCACACUGGAGAGAAACCUUACUUAUGUAAGCAGUGUGGGAAAGCCUUCACUCGUUCAAGCCACCUGCAAAUACAUAAAAUAACUCAUACUGGAGAGAAACCCUACUCAUGUAAGCUAUGUGGGAAAGCCUUUACUCAUUCUAAUUACCUUCAGAUACAUAAAAGAAUUCACACAGGAGAAAAGCCUUAUGUGUGUAAAGAGUGUGGGAAAGCCUUUGCUCGUUCCACUUCCCUUCACAUACAUGAAGGAACUCACAGUGGAGAGAAACCUUAUAUAUGCAAACAAUGUGGGAAAGCCUUCACUUUGUCCAGUUCUCUUCGAAGGCAUGAUGUAGUUCACUCAGAAGAGAAACCCUAUAUUUGUAAGUGUUGUGGGAAAACCUUUGGUUGUUACAGUAGCGUUCAGAAACAUGAAAAGGCUCAUAGAGAAAACAGACUGUUGGUGUAAUAAAUGUGGGGAAACUUAGUUGUUCUGAUUCUUUUCAAAUACGUGACAUAACUGACACAGGAAAGAAACCCAAGAUUUGUAUCCAUUAUGGGAUGCUUUCAUUGACCCUAGUUCUUUUUGAUACCAUGAAAGGAUUCACACUGGAGAAAAACUUCUGGAUAUAAUACAGAAAAAUGUUCACUUAUUCUGCUUCUUUAACAAACCUGAAAAAACUUACACUAGACAGAAAUCCCAAGUAUAAAAUGGGAACACUUAUCACUUGAUUUUCUCAAAUUCAUGAAAAUGCAUAAUCCACAGCAUGAGGGAAUGUUUCCCACCCAUUUGCAAAUGCAGAAUAACAGUAUGGAGAGAAAACCCUUGACUAAAAAUGAUAUACCAAAAAUAGAAUCUUAAGAUGGCCCACAUGCAAUAAAGCACAUGGAAUCAGAAGAUUAAAUAUGAAAAACAGCAGUUAUCUGUUUUCCUCUGUGCAAUGGCAUAUACUUAUAAUUCUAGUACUUGGAAAGCUCAAAACUAAAGGCCAAGUGUUUUGAGUUCUGAGCUAUAUUGUCUAUCUGACAAAAGAAAAUUUUGUUAUUUUUCUUUAUUCUUAAUAAGUUCAAUCAUAUAUACAAUGAGUUAUGAGCAUAUUAUUCGGUCUUCUCCCUCUAACCCAUUAAAUGCACUUACUGCUGCUCAUGUGUACAUGAGCAUAGCCACUUCCUCAGAAGCUGUCAACUGUCAAUAACUCCUCAGUAAGGGGUGAAGGUUCAAGAUCAUCUAUCCCAUCAAUGCUAGAAUUUUGGCUGUCUUAACCCAAUGCAGGUAACUACAAAUAGUGUGAAUUCAUGGAUAUAAUAGCCAUAUAAUGAACAAAAGACUGCAUUUCACAUUACUCCCAUCUUCUGGCUUGUAUUCUUACUACCUCCUAGAAAAAUGGUUUUAAUAAAGUUUGAUUGUUGUUUUGGUUAGUGUUC